UUCUUGUCCUAAGCAUAACGUUAUGGUGGCGGCUUGGCAGACGUGCAGUUGUACCACCACGUCAUGAAUCUACACAGCAUACAGCUCACUACACGUGUCGCGUGCAACGCGUAUAUGGAAAGUGUGUCAAAGAACUCCGUCAGAACGAUGACAAACUUACCACAUGGGGCUACCUCGGAAAUUCACGAGGGCGCAGAAUAACCACGAUAAACCUAGCGUAGGAUGAAGUCGACUCUCUAUUGUCGCCAGAGACCUGCAUUUAAACGACCAUUGAUCACCUUCACCUCUAAUCCACCACCCUCCACGAGCUUCUUCUAAACACCUUCCAAACUAGAAUGAACAUGUCGACCGCAACUCAGACAGUAAGAUCUUGGCUUGGGAUACCUUAUGCCACCGCCCAACGCUUCCAACGACCCCGCUUGCAGCCUUUCGACCAGAAUCGAUCCUUUGAUCACCUCGGCCCUGCGCCAAUGCAGGCUGGUGACACCAGCUGGCUCAAUGCUAAAAACGGGCUUAGUGAGGACUGCCUGAAUUUGAAUGUCUGGGCACCCGACCAAACGAACGAAAAUCCACUUCCUGUAAUAGUCUACAUCUUUGGUGGGGGCUUUGAAGUGGGUGCAAACACCUCCGCAACAUCGAAUGGCUCAGGUCUUGCCCAGACUGGCCGCGCCAUCUGUGUGUCCGUCAAUUACAGACUUGGCCCAUUCGGUUGGCUGUCACUCUCUCAAUAUGGUGGCGUCUUUGCCAACGCCACCAACCUUGGCCUACAGGACAUGAUCACCGCACUCAAGUGGGUGCAGGAGAACAUCGCGUGUUUCGGUGGCGACCCCCAAAAUGUUACCGUUGCCGGACACAGUGCCGGUUCCUACUCGACAAUCGGCCUACUCGCCGCUCCAUCCGCUAGAGGACUCUACAAGCGUCUUUCAGCGUUCUCGGGAGGCGCAUCCCGCAUUGUUCCAGCCUGGUGGGCUGAAGAACUGGCAGUAAAGUUUCUCGCCGCACUCGACAUCGAUGAUGAUCCUGAGCAACUGCUCAAUCUAGACGCAAAGGUUCUUGCUGAGACACUCUUCAAGGUCACUCCCCGCGAUAUUGGUGACCGACAUGGUAUAGAUAAUACUACUAUCGGCAUUGUGGACGAUCGCUCUCAACCCGGAGCGGUUCUGGAUAGCACACCGCUGGAGGUGCUCAAAUCAGGGGCAUGUCGUGAAGUGGAUAUAAUCUUCAGCACGACGUCAAAUGAGGCGGACUGGUGGGUUCUCAACGCGACCGAGAAAUUCGACCCGGGCAGCAUCUCCAAUAUAGUCGAAGAGCUUGUCGUCAUGUCGCGCAUUCCGAGAAGCCGCGCCAAAAGAAUCGUCGCUACGUACAAUGUUAAUGGCCGCACUCCGGUCGAGGUGCGAGGGGCACUCUUCACUGACUACUUCUUCACCCUGCCCGCUGCCCGCGCAGCACUUGCACAUGCGGCUGCAGGUGGUAAUGCACGUCUGCUUACUGUCGGACCUGUCGAGGGUGCGCCCGCAGUGCACGGUACAGAGAUGUACGGCAUCGUCGGUCAGCAGCGCCCUGAUUGUGGUGAUCAGCAAGUUAUCCGGGAUGUCUUUGUACGCGACACCCUCCUCGACUUUGCUGAAGGCAACCACGAUCGACUGUGGGAGACUGUCAAGAAGAACCCAACCUCAAAAGGCGUCGGCGAACUAACCUAUGAACCUACCGCUCGUGCUAUCAAAGUGCUGGAAAUCUUCGAGCAUGUUGUGCGAACAUAGCGCUUUGAUUAGCUAGCUGGUCCAAGUUGUCCUGACACCUGGAGAAGACCUGUUGGAGAUGGAUGAACUCAACUCAAAAGUGC